AUGGCAUCGCCUAAACCCGCUGUCCACGACCUGAUCAGCCUGUUCGAGGCCAUUGAGACCAGCGAGUCCAAGAUGGACGAACACACUCGCUACCUCAGCCAGCUGCUGCCCUCGCCAUGGACGGAGAUGGCUCCCACCCUGACCAUCCCGUACUCGCCCCGGUCGACCGUCGGCAGCGAGCUCGACUCUGACCGUCCCUCCCCCCUGACCUCUGCCACCUCCAGCCCGGCAUCGUCGCCUACUUCCAGCCCCAUCAGCACCUCUCCGCGCAUGAACAGGUUCACCUCUUCGCUCCGCCGGAUUGGCAGCCGGAGCAAGAAGUGCUAUUCUUCCUCCUCUCUCGGCAUUGGUACCAUCCUGUUGCGCCGUCGUCCGUCUACCGUCGACCUGGCACUCACAGAGGAGCGUUACCGGUGCAGCGAAGACUCAAUUGAACGACACGGGCUGGGUCUGUUGGAACCACGUCCCGUUGACCCCGUGCCGCUCAUGACGGACGGGCAUGCUCACAUUGACUCGAAUAACCUGUCGAGCUUCACUUCAGACAUAAAGGAAUCUUCCGCACUAUCCUCACCCCUAUCAGCCCGGCAGUCCCCGCGCUUCGUUAUGGGAGGAAUCGCCGAAGUCCUGGAGGGUUCCGCUUAA